AGGAGAAUGGACACCGCCGAGUCGGACGCGCCGUCCACGCCCGAGAGCCUGCCGCACGUGGCUACGAGCAUCAUCCAGACGCACAAGUUCAAGACCAAAGUCCAGAGCCGACUUCGUCGCAAGAUGGGCUGGACGCGCAAGCAAGCCCUGCUCGAGCAGCUCUCGCGGCAAUGCCAGGACCACUUGGAGCACCACGGCACGCUGCCCGUCAUUCCCGUCGACAUCAAGGUCGACUCGCUGCGACGCGCGAUACGGCGGCGCCUCACGUUCGCCUCCGAGUGGUCCUCACCACCGACGACCUUGCCGCACAACUCAUCGACGCGUAGGACCGAGUAUUUCUACACCAAGUUUUCUUCCAGUCGCCGCUCGCCCAUCUCGUUCUUCGCGAUGGGCGAGCCGGACGGCCACGCCUUUCUCGAGCUCCUCCACGCCCACGCCCAAGCGUCUGUCGCAGUGCUCUACGGAAAGCUCCUGACCAAAGUCCACAACGUGACGCUGCCCACGGGCGCCGCCGACGAGUUCCUCGAUUUUUUUCCAUAUCUCGUCUCCCGCACCGUGUACAAGGUGGCGCAGAAAGCCUACCCCGAGUUCCUCUUCCAGCUGCGCCGGCUGGCGCGCCAGCCCCUCAUUCGCACGACCUGCGUCUGGACGACCGGCAUCCUCGCGAAGAGCUCGUGCUGGAAGACGUGGCGCGUUGAAAUUAAGAAGAAGAAACUCAAGCACGCGCCCAAGCCGCAUCUCAUGGUGCGCGAGCUCGCAGACGACGACCGCAGUGUCGCCGAAGACUUCGGGAGCGACGACAGCAACGAAGAAGACUCGCUCUCGGACGAAGACGCGGCCUUCUCGAGUGUGGCGUGUGCCGAAUUCAAGACCGAGGCCGCGGCGAGCGAGAAUGCCACGAGCGCGGUCGAGGCGUUGCGGAGGAUGGACAUACCCCAGCGCAAGUACGCUCAUGGCCACUUGGAGAAGGCGGACCUUGCCUUUAGCGCGCCCGUCCGCGCCAUCAUGGACAAGUACUCGUACUCGGGGCUGCAAGGCCGUCGCCUCGGUGUCGCGCUGCGCCUCUCGGACAAGGAGCACCAGACGUACAACAUGCACAAAGAGCAACACAAGGCGUGGCUCGACCACCUCAGCCGACCUCUGCGACAAACGCAGAGCUUGAGCAGCUUGACGCUCGAGGCGGCAAACGAGGACAAGCAAGUGUUUGCGCCUCGAUGUGAGUUUGAGCUCACGAACCCGGUGGCGGAAGCCCGCGCCAAGCGGCUGCUCGAAGCCAAGCAAAAGAUACUCAAGCGGGAGCAAGAGUACGUCGGGGAGGUCAUCCAGUACAAGCCCGCCAUUAUUGUCUUUGGCCAGCGCCUCGACCAACACCUCAAGAUGAACCCGCUCCGGCGCAAAGCCAUUCUCGCCCCGCUCAAGUCGUGAGCGCGUGUCCAGCAAACCCACAGCACGUCCAUGCGAUGAUGGUCUUCUCGUCGCAUCAUGUUCAGAUUCGCAGCAAAAUUUAACGCCGGCAAC